AUGUCAAAUCUUUUGUACAACAACGAUGGAAAGAAUUUCAGUUACAGUUUAAGUUUUUCGACCGCUAGCAUCUGCAGUGGAUGUCGAGAAGCUGAUGGAGAGUACGACAUUCCGGCGAGUCUAUGUUACUGUGGUGGACGAGUCGUUGUCCAGACUUCUGGGACUGAUCCAAACCCUGGAAGGAGGUUCUUCACUUGCAAGAACAGUGAGGAAAGAGGUGUUCACGUUUGGAAAUGGUGGGACGAUGCCGUUAUGGAGGAAUUCAACAUCGUCAAAAUCCGAUUAGAUGAGGCAGCUGAUAAGAUUCAAAACCUGAAAGUGUUUGGGGGGACGACUCUUCAUAAUACUAAAUUACUUGUCAUGAAACAGCGCUUAGUGGAGUAUGAAGCAAAGCUGAAGGAGUUGGAGUUGCUUGCAAAGCGAGGUGUGAAGGAGUGGAUGCUCAAGUUUGCGAUUGGUGGAGGACUUGUUGGGUUUGCAGUUAUAUCCACUGCAAUUCUCCGUUUCUUUAAGUAA